UCAUUUUGUGAAAUAGGAAUUCCGAAUGAUGGAAGUAAGUUUGUAUUUAGCAAAUUAUUCUUAUAUACAUACGCACUACGCUGAUUCAAUUUUGGAAUAUGAGUAUAGCCCCAAGGCCAGAAAUGCUUCAAUGUGUCAAGGAGGAUUGUGCUGCGUCUGUGGUGUUGAUCCCAUCCUUAAAAAAUCAACCUGACCAACCGAUCCAGUUUCAUAUGCAGUUUAACACUAAUCAAUUGGGCUAUGCAGCAGUAGGCAUCACAAGCGGAGAAAAAAUGGACAAAAUGGUGAUAUUGGAGUGUGUAAAAGAGCCUGGCAGUGGUACUAUACGGUCAUAUUUAUCGUGGAACGAGGCAACCAAAACGUCUGUGCAAGAAAUUGCUCCGGUUAGAGUUUAUUCAAAUGCAAAUUCAACUCUCGAUACAACGCAGCCCACUCCCUCACACGGAACUGAGCCGCCAUCCCUGCCCCCAACGCCAGCCAACAUUACUCCCCCAGAGUCUGAAUCCGGAGUUGCCUACUGCGACUUUUAUCUCCCACAAAAGUUAACCAUCAAGUUACCAUCGCAGUCCUUUACUGUUGACUUAGUAAGCACAGCAUAUGCGGUUAGUGUUGCAAUAGGAAAUGUGGCAGAUGGACCCGACAGUUGUGCUGGUGUAAAACCAGACGGAAAUUAUCCAGGAACCUUAAUAUGCCAUCACAAGGCGGUUAAGGCAUCUACCAAAUUUCUUCUUAUGGAAGUCCAAAAUAAAAUCGCGUCGAAGAGCUUUUUGCUGCAACACCUGCAUGCUUUCUUCAUGGUCCUUUCCUAUUUCACCUUGAUGCCGAUUGCAACAAUCGUUGCAAGAUUUUUCAGAGAAACCUGGUCGACCAGACAAGUUUUUAAUAAACGUCUGUGGUUUUCCAUUCACGCUGGACUGUUGUAUGGGGCAAUGUUUUUCACAAUUCUGGGAUACGCUUGCAUGGCAAUUGCUACGGGAGAGAUGUGGCCUGGUGAAAGUGGAGAGCAAACUCAUGCAUUCCUAGGGAUGACUUCGAUCGGUUUGUUGUCAACCCAAGCCAUCCUGCCAUGGAUAGUCCACAUACCAGGAAAACACUUAAAUGUGAAGAAAGUGUACUCAAUCAUUCACGCCGUCGUUGGCUCCGUUUGCUACAUGCUGGGACUCUUAAAUAUUGCCCUCGCCCCAUAUUUAAUGCCAGAUAACGUGGAUUGUAGCGUAAUUUUGAUUACAUUCGUCUGGAUUGGGUGUCACUUUUGCAUUUACUGGUUGCUCUCUACUCUCCUCAUAAUCAAAGAUCAUCAAAUGCCGAAUAACAGCACAAGAUUUCGGGCCUUGUUUUCUUAUCCAAUGCGACUAAAGACAAUGGAUGAUGCUCCGGGGAAGACAAAAAGAGAAGUAUUUCUCGGAAUACUCGUUGUUCUAAGUUUGGUUCUAACUAUGGCCAUGGGCUUCAUAGUGCUCCGGGAUGGGGGACAUUGCAAUCGUUAUAAUCCAAAUAAUAAUGACACCAACCAUUGACGUCCACUAUCCACAUAAGAUUUUAACCUAAAUAAUAAAUGUGAGGUAACAAAAUAUUCUAUGUAUUUGUCAACAAAUAUAUAUUUAUUCAUUUCAUGGGAAACUAUUAAAUUACAUUAACCUUU